CGACUUCGCACACUUUGUCGAAAUCCACCACCCAGGGCAGUUGCGCUCCGCGAAUCGCGAAUCCCACCUGGACCCUUUUCUCGACCGAGCUCUCGCACAAUGGGUCUUUUCAUCCUCUCGGAAACCGCGGCGGGUUACGUCCUUCUCAAGUCCAAGGACAAGAAGCUCUUGGGCGGAGACACAAAGGAUUCCUCGAGCGUCGUCGAGCAGCUCAAGCUCAAGAAAUUCGCCAAAUUUGGCAGCGCCGUCGAUGCGCUGGAGCAGGCCGCGGCUCUGCACGAUGGCAAGGUCACGCCCAUGCUGUCGUCGCUGCUCAACGAACUGAAGGACGAGACCAAGGCUACUUUGGCUGUUGCCGACCCCAAGCUCUCCAAUUCCAUUGCCCAGCUUCCGGGCCUUUCCCUCAAGACGGUCUCAGACUCGUCCACACAGGACGUAUUCCGUGCCGUCCGCGAGCACUUGACAUCGCUUCUGCCCGACCUCCUCCCCUCUGAGGAAGCCGCGACUCGAUUGGGUCUGGCCCACUCUUUGUCGCGACACAAGCUGCGCUUCUCUCCCGACAAGGUUGACACCAUGAUUAUUCAGAGCAUUGCUUCUCUCGACGUGCUGGACAAGCAGCUCAACACCUACGCCAUGCGAGUCAAGGAGUGGUACGGCUGGCAUUUCCCAGAACUGGCCAAGAUUCUCAACGACAACCUCGCGUACUCUCGUGUCGUUUUGAAGAUGGGCUUCCGAACCAACGCUCGCCAAAGCGACCUCUCGGAGAUUCUGCCAGAAGAGAUUGAGGCGGCUGUGAAGGCGGCUGCAGAAAUCUCCAUGGGUACUGAAAUCACGGAGGAAGACUUGGAAACCACCUCUGCUCUUGCCGAGCAGGUUGUGGACUUGACUGAGCACCGCCAAAACCUUGGCAACUACCUGUCGAACCGCAUGCAGGCUCUUGCUCCUAACCUGACUGCUCUUGUCGGCGAGCUUGUUGGUGCGCGCCUGAUUGCCCACGCUGGAUCUCUGAUGAACCUCGCCAAGUCGCCUGGUUCCACCAUUCAAAUUCUCGGUGCUGAGAAGGCCCUCUUCCGUGCCCUCAAGACCAAGCACGACACACCCAAAUACGGUCUCAUCUACCAUGCAUCUCUUAUCGGCCAGGCUACUGGAAAGAACAAGGGAAAGAUUGCUCGUAUGCUCGCCGCAAAGUCCGCUUUGGGUCUGCGUGUCGACGCCCUCAGCACCUGGGGUGUUUCGUCAGAAGACACAUCCAAGGAACCUACCGAAGAAGAGAAGUCCCAGGUUGGUCGCGAUGCUCGCCUGACGAUCGAGAGGAGACUUCGCGCACUCGAGGGCAAGCCACUGAAGAGCCUGGCCAAUGCCAACCAGACUGCGCUUGGUGGACAAAAGAAGUGGGAAGUCAAGGAGGCGCGAAAGUACAACCCAGACGCCGAUGGUCUUACUGGCGACGAGCCUGCUGCCGAUGCGCCCAAGUCAAGCAAGGCAAACGGCACACCCAAGAAGCUGGUACAAGAAGUCGACAGCGACGGAGACGAGAGCAUGGCCGACGCCGACGCCGCUUCAGGGUCAGACUCGGAGCCAGAAGAGAAGAAGAGCGGAAAGGGAGACAAGGCAUCCAAGAAGGCCGAAAAGGAAGCCAAGAAGGCACGGAAAGCGGAGCGUGCCGCAAAACGCGAGGCCAAGGCUGCAAAGAAGGCUGCGAAGGAGGCCAAGAAGGCGGAGAAAGAAAGCAAGGACAGCAAGAAGCGGAAAGCCGACGAUGGCGAAGACAAAGCGGAGAAGAAGAAAAAGAAGAAGAGCAAGGACUAGAUGCGCGCGCCCUUGAUGACGUAGAGGGGCGGCGAUUGUGUGUAUCUGUAGCCAUUUGCGACCACACAAAACGGACUUUAGGGCGUUUGUACUGGGUUUGAGCUUGUCAUGUUCUGGGCGAGUGGCGCAUUAUGGGUGUGUGGGCAUUUUUAUCGUGUAGUUUUACCUUUGAAAAGGUCCUUUUUCACGUUGCAUGAUGG